CUCGAUGGGUAAUUAUGUCGUUUCGUACUGCUAAGUACGGCAGUCCGUUCUUUUGCUAAGUAGAUUCUUGAAAACUCAAGAUGUCCUCGCCAGCAACACCUACAGCGUCGCCCGGCCUUCCACCCUCUCCGAGCAAAAUCGCCCUCCGCGGUACGCCCUGUCCGUUCACCGCUGCAGACCUCGAUCGGUUCGAAGACCGCUACGAGAAAGCGAGACGAUUGGCGAGUGGCGACGGGAAUAUCUCUCCCGCGAGCCGGCACAGCGGCACGGUUUCCAGCCCCGGAGACCAUGAUGGUGCUUGCACAAGUCCAGGAGCAACUACAAGCGGUACUGGUAAUAAUAGGUUGCUCCUGCAGCCGGGGCUUUCGAAAUACGAUUUGCAGCAGGACCGAAUCGGGAAAAUUGUCGAGAAACUACUGGGCGACGUGCCGAGCCUGGGACGAGAGAACAGGAACACUACGGGUACCGGCGAUGACGACGAGAACAAGUUUUUGCUCGAUCAUGCUUUGUGCUUCGUGUGCCCGAAUCCGGACCACAAGUCGUUUUUGAAAUCGCACCCGGAGGGGGAGAAGAAUUCUUACGUGUCCUUGGAGAAAGCCCGCGACUGGUACGAAAAGAUUUUUCCCUCCAACGAUUUAGAGUUGAAAUCCGCCUUCGAGAAAGCGUUUCUGAAGCUUCCAGCUGUAGGGAAUUUUGGUUCACCGGCUGGAGCAGGCGGUGGUAUACUUUCAAGCUCACUUGUGGAAACGGGAACUUCCACUACUGUGGAUUCGACGACAGAAGAGAACCACACUACUUCCGGUGCAACUAGUACACUGGGCGGAGGGCCUGCGGCGACCACCCAGCAGACCAAAAUUUACCCCACGACAGGAGGCGGAGCUGCGACACACGGCCACGAUCAUUUUUCUCAAAAUCAUCUCCCCCCGAAUAAACAGCUCCGCCGGUUCGCGAACGGAGGUCAGGGCGCGCCGGGUGUUCAGUUCACGCAGAGCAAGGACAGAAAUUCCGUUUCGAGUUCAUCCGGCAGCCCGAUGAAGAUCGUCCCCUUUUACAUGCAGUGCGAGAAUCCGAAGGAAAAAUGCAAGGAUUUUCUCACUUUGGUCCGCAACACGAUAGUGUACUUGCUCGUGCAGAAGUGCGAGUACACGGUUUGCCAGCACUACUCCCCGGAUGCGCGGUACAUUUACAUUCUCAUCGCUGCGGAUUUAACGGAUUUGAAGAAGCAGGCGGAGGCGAGGUCGGUGUUGACCAAGGUGCACUGGGAGCGGGUAGACCCGGAGGCGUUUGAGCCGCAUGACCGGGCAUACCGGCCGUUGAUCGAGCACUUCAUGCAGGCCAAGGACAAGGACGUGCUGGAAGCGUAUAAGAAGGUACUGGUGAUGAAGAUGAAAAAGGGUUUUGUUCAAGAAAAAAUUGUGAUGCACUUGGGAUAAUCAUAAGUAAUUCAUUGUGCGGCUCCUGCUCCCGGGCGGAACGUUUCAUAGCGAACUGUUCGAGAACACGAAACCCCAUCGCAAAAAACACAGAUGGUGGGGAAUUUCGAGGCGAAUUGGCAAUCCGUCCCGCCCGAAAUCGCUUUCUACCACCAAACAAAAUUAUCGCGAAGGCAGAAGGUGAAGGGGCUGAAAAAGGAAGACAUCACUGGCACCGGCGUCGACGCGAAACCUACGUUAGCCGGUGUGACAAAGGCGCUCGCGGGGUUUCUCAGUCCGAAAAAGAAGAAAUCCCAGAGAGCUUCCGAGGAUGAUUUGGAAAAUAAUAAUGACACCGCUUCUUCCUCGGCGGAAUCUGCGGCCGAAAGUUCCGCCCAAAAGCCCCCGGCGGUAGUUCCUGCCGCGAUUGUGAAACCACCGAAAAUUUUUACCAGUAGUCAACAACAUCAGACCGACACUAGCGGUGCCACGCCGACGAAUAAUAGAAAACCACUUCGCGAUGGGACACAGUUCCGAUCCAAUUCGGUGUUGGAGUUCGUCAUUGAGAAGACCGCGCUCCUUUCCGAUGACAACAAGUGGCAGGAGGUGCGCAAAGCGUAUCUGCUUUACCUGGAGUACCGGGCCCGGGGACUGACCAGCUUCCGGGCCAUGCACGAGGCGAACCGUGAUUUAGGCUUGUUGAAGACGAACAUUGAGCUGCAAAACCUCUGGAACCGGCUCGGGUUCAACGCCGGACCGCUACACGUCGCCCUGCCCUUUACGAACCAGCGGGAGCACGUGCCCUGGUCCCGGUUUCAGGUCCGGAACCAACAGAACGAGUUGCUCGAAACGCCCUUUUCCGCCGCGGAACGACUGAAGAUCAUGUGCAACACGAUUGAAAAGUAUCUGGAUUUGCCGGAUUUGAUCUGCCUGCACGGCGGCUUGUUCCUCCAGGACUACUUUCCCAUCGACGAUUUGGAACUGAAGGAACUCUCCAUGGUUUCCUACGAGGAGUACCUGUUCCGGGGCGACUUUGUGUACUCCAGUUUGAAGUCCGAGCCCUUAAUCCAAAGCCGGUAUUUCGUGAAGGCACCUCCUCCUGGAACUGGUACAGCAUCUUCCCCUGACGGCGACGGCAACAUUCAGAAGACGGGAACAUCAUCAAGUUGUUCCGAACAGGAAAGACUUCUCCGGAUGACGAAUCGCAUGAAGCACAAUUUGACGUUUAAACAGUUGAAGCAGUUCGAGGACUCUGUUUCGCUGAUGAAGAACGAUUUGCACCUUAACCGUAUGAAGGGACUGGCGAACUUUCCGUGGUACCAGGAAUUCCCCAAGUCCGCCGGUGGCGUCGUCUUGCAGCCGGGGAUCAAUUUUUUCUCGGAGGAGAUUGUGCAGAAUAGCGUGAACGGUCCAGGGUGCUUCAAAUUCGGUUUUAGUGGGCGGGGGCGGAAAAUGGUAGACGGGGAAGAGGAGCAGGAGAAAGCUAGCACUAGUUUGGCCUUGAGCGUAAAAGGAGACCGCCGCGACGGGACCGUAAUUACAGGAGCAGCCGCCGAGGAGGAUCUUCAAACCGACCCUUUUUCCGACUUCCUGCUCCGCCUCCGAUCGGGCGAGAUGGCUUCUCUCGGGUUCAAGUGGCCGGGCGCGUUCGCGAACUAUUGGUCUAUUGCGAUGGAGCACGAGUAUUAUGGGCAGAAGAUCGCCCUGUAUUUCCUCUUCGCGCGCUACAUGACCGUGGGGCUGUUAGUCCCCGUGUAUUUCGGGAUUCUCGCCACCAUUUUCCAGAUCGUCGCCGGGUUCUACUGGACGGGGUAUGAAGAGCAGCGGAACUGCUCGGCGAUGAUCAUGCUGGCGAACGCGUGCUUCCUUUCCGUCUGGUCCAGCAACUGCGUGGACGGGUGGGUGAAGGUGGAGAAUACAAAACUCCUCCAGCUCCACGGGGUGCUGCCCACCAUCGCCCAGCGACACGCGGCUAGCAUCGUCCCGGUACCCAGAAAGCGGUUCCGGGGACAGAAAAUCAAGUCGCCGAUCUCGGGGGACGAGGGAUAUUACAAGGAAAAAUGCCCCCACCCCCAAAGUUAGAAUAAUUUGUGAUGCAAAGUUUCCAAAUGAAAACUUUUUGUCAUGCAUGAAAGGACUAUGAAUCUAAUCUUUCUGGUGCAGAGUCUAGGCGUAUAUCGCAUUGCUUGCAUGACAAGCGCCGCUCUUGCUGGGAUCUUGCGCAAUACAAAUUUUUUCUAUUCACGAUUGGAAGUCUGUGAUGCUGAUAGAUACAAGAGGGCGAUUGUUUCAUUUGCAAAGGUUUGCAAUACAAAUGCUCCCAAGUUCGGUGGUGGGGGCAUUUUUCACUGUAAUAAGGGAGAGCUGUACUUCGCGAGCUGGAUCAAGAAACUGCGGUCCAUGAUCUCGAACUUGGUUUCGCUCAGCGCGAUUGCCGCGGUCAUGGUAUUACAGUGAAAAAUGUCCCCACCCCGGAAUUUGAAAAAGUUUGUCAUGCAAAGUUUCCAAAUGAAAGUUUUUUGUCUUGCAUGAAGGGAUUGCGCGCCUUUCUGAUGCAGAAUCUAGGUUCGCAAGGGGUCUUUUGCAUCACAGACCCGGCUGCUGUUGGGGUCUUUUGCAAUACAAAUUUUUGCUAUUCGCGAUUGGAAACCUGUGAUGGUGAUAGAUGCAAGGGGGCGAAUGUUUGAUUUGGAAAGGUUUGCAAUACAAAUGCUCCCAAGUUCGGGGGUGGAGGCAUUUUUCACUGUAAUACAUGGUGGCGGUGGUUUUGAUCUCGGCUUUGCGGAUCAAGAUCGCCAAGUACUGCACGAUCAUCCUCUUCGACUACCACUACAACUACGCGCAGUCUUUGGUCGGCGCGAUCAACGCGGUGGUGAUUCUGAUUUUCAACUACGUCUACGCGAUCGUCGCGUUGUGGUUGACGCAGUUCGAGAACCACAGACUGUACUCCUCCUUCCUGGAUUCCUACGCGUUCAAAACCGCGGCGUUCAACUUUUUGAAUUGCUACUCCUCGUUGAUUAUGCAUUGCAAAUAUAUCUGGGUCUGGAAGGUUGGAACUUGUGAUGCUAACUUUGGACUCUAUAAAAGAUCUGUAUUGCGUGACCAGCAAAAGAGAAGUCCAGUUUGUGCUACGCGGGGAGGGCAUUUGUCAUGCGGAGUAGGCAUCUGGAAGGUCUCUAAAAAUCAGUGAUGUUAGGUCAUGCAUUACAGACAUCCUGGGUCAUGCCAAAUAUGCAUGACAAAUCUCGCAAUCUCCUAGACCCAGACACUUUUACAUUUGAUAUUGAUUUACUACGCCUUCUUCAUGAUGGCGUUGGAGGACGAGAAAAAUCAGGGGGAAGAUGUUGACCCAGCGACAGCACGCGUUUUGAACUACCCAAGUGAAGCAGGACCACCAGCGGGGACUACAAGUUCCUUCCUGCAGCAAGGCGCAUAUUUCUUCGGCGGCGACUGGGUCGAGAAGGUGUUUGACUUUUUCUCCUCAAGUAGAACGCCGGCAGUUGAUGUGCAGCAGCAAGUUCUUGAGACUGCAACUUCACCUUCCCGGAGGUUCCUCUCGGCCGAGGAUGAGUCCAUCUGCGCGCACAUUGAGCCCUCGUUGAUUUUCGGGGUGACUUGCGCAGUUGGGCUCACGAACCGGUAUUUGGUUUCUUUGAUCUUCGUUUUCGCGGCCCGCAACAUCAUCGAGCUGGCGCAGCCAAUUCUGAUGCAGUGGUACCGAGAGAGGGUUUUCAAGUCCGGGUUUAAAGAGACUGAGGAGGAGAAGAAGUGCGAAGCAACAGGAGGAGUAGAGCAAAUGACAAAUGUGCAGAAUGACCACGAGUCGAGCCCCUCGAUCGUCAGUCUGAAGCAGGAGAAAGAGCAAACAACUUCCGCCAAAGACCACGACGAAGACCACACGACCAGCCAGAGCGAUCCGCGAAAAGCCUCCAAAGCCAGCUCGAAUUCGUUGCUGGGUGCGGUGAAAACUAAAUCAAGUGUAGAUUCCGCAAACGACGACGAUGAGGAAAAUGGAAACAAUUAUGCGGAACAAAAGCAGAAGCAGCUAUCGAAAGAAGAAAUCACGCGGCAAAAACUCCAAUUUACGCUCGAAACCGCCCACCGGCAAACCCUCCAAGACCCCUAUGGGGAGCGGGAAAUGGCCUUCGACGGCUCGAUCGAGGACUUCACGGAGAUUGCCGUGAUGUUUGGCUUUCUCGUGCUGUUCUCCAUUUCCUGUCCGCUGGUCGCGAUCUUGUCCUUUCUUGCACUGGUGUGCGAAAUUUUUGUGGACGACUGGAAAAUUAAGUACUUGGUUCGCCGCCCGGUCCCGGUCGGCGCGGAGUUUGGGAUUGGGAUUUGGACCAAGGUGUUCCGCGGGAUCGUUUAUGCCUCCAUCCCCUUCAACGCUUGCCUCUUGGUCGUCAUAUGGAGAGAAAAAAGUUUGUUACAGUCACUAACUUGGAGGCUUUGCAUUACAAAUUUUCGUAGCAUCGCAGCUUUUCCUUGUGUUGCAGAAACACUAAGGGAAAUCCCGUAUGAAGUUUGGCUGUCAUGCAUUUUUACGCAUGACAGGCAUUUUUUGUAUUGCAAAAAUGCCCAUGAGUGCUCGUGACGAGCUUUUUUCUUUUGAUACGUCACCGCGGAGUUGUAUAAAUUCGAGGGCUAUGGAUUGCAAAAAUGUCUGGGUCUGGAAGAAUGCAACCUGUGAUGCAUGUUGCGCAUCAUACAAAAAUCUGUGUUGCGUGACUUGCAAAAGGUGCUCAUUUCUGGCCAUGCUGAGGGGGCAUUUCUUAUGCAGAACAGGCAUCACAAAGGGGCUGCAGAUCCUGUGAUGCUAGGUCCUGCAUUCCAGACUUAGUGGAGCUUGGAAAAACUGCAUGACAAAUCUCGGAAUCUUCCAGACCCAGACAUUUUUACAUUUGAUACGGGCUUUCUGAAGCACCUCACGGGGGAAGAUCCGAACCCCAUCGCGGUGUGGUUUCUGGUCGCGUUUUUCCUCGGGAUGGUGAAGAUUGUCGUGGAAGCGAUGCUCGCGCCCAACGACACGGAGUCGCAGGAGCAGGUGCUGAGUGCAAGGUUGCAACUGCACGUGGACAAGUUAACCUUGCCCUUGAAGUCGAAAAAAUCUGACUUGACCUCGGUGGAAGAGACGACGGACUUCGUCGUGCAGCCGUGGCCCGCCGCGUAAACAGGGGCAGAACGUGCUGCGGCCGAGAAGUGAGUUUAAUUCCAGUAGUAGCAGAGAACUACUCAUCUGGUGUUGAUGCGGAGCUGCUUCCCUGUACAGGGGCAGAUUUUGUUUCGCUCUCAGUGACAAAUGAAAACGAAUUUAUUAUGAUAGGCCAGCAUUUGCAUUAUGUCAAAACAACAACGGAUCAUCCUCUGUGAGUUCUUCGAGGCGCUAAUAAGAUCAAUGGAUUUGCGCACCAGAGCAGGUAGAAAGAAGUAGGUUCUUAUAACAUGCAAAAUCCUCCAUUAAAGAGCAUGCGCAACAAGUAGCAGCUGAUGGCGAUCGUAUGCGAGUCAUUUACGAG